CACGUCAAAUUUGUUAGGGAUUUUCUUUUUGAUAUUUCACUGACUUGACUUCUGUUUAAUUAAUUGGUGGCCAAAAAUUAAAUUAGAAUUCUAUCAUCCGGAUGGAUUUUCUUAAAAGUGGAAUAAAAACCGUCCUCGGGACUUCGGAGCCAGGUGAACAGCCCAGUGCUGCAGAUACUGUGGAGAAGCUUGUGGAUCGAGUGACGUCGUCGACUCUGCUAGAAGAUCGUCGGGAUGCCUGUCGUGCAUUGAAAGCACUUUCUCGCAAAUUUCGCAUCGAAGUUGGCGCGCAGGGUAUGCCCGCUCUCAUUCAAGUGCUGCAGAACGAUUGCCAAGAUAGUGAAAUCAUCAGCUAUGCCCUCGACACACUGUGCAAUAUUAUGUCUUCGAGUGAAUUCGAAGAGGAAGCAGACAAUCCGACUGUGACGGUAAAUGUAGGCGAGCAGUUCACAGAAAUGUUCAUCAAAAAAGCCGAUAACGUCACUCUGGUGAUGGGCUAUCUGGAAGAGUAUGACUUUAGGGUGCGGCGCGCUGCUAUUCAGCUGAUCACUAUUCUCAUAACGAACAAGACGAGGGCAUUGCAGGAAAUAAUUAUUGUGAGUCCAAUGGGAGUUUCAAAGCUGAUGGACUUGCUCACUGACAGUCGGGAGGUUAUACGCAAUGACGCACUCCUAUUGCUCAUUCAACUUACUAAAGGUCAUUCCAACAUUCAGAAAAUCGUAGCAUUCGAAAGUGCUUUCGAUAAGCUUUUUGAAAUAGUCAGCGAGGAAGGCUGCUCUGAUGGAGGAAUCGUAGUCGAAGACUGUCUUAUUUUAAUGUUAAAUCUUCUUAAGAACAAUUCCAGUAACCAGCAGUUCUUCAAAGAGGGCAGUUACAUUCAAAAACUUGCUCCAAUGUUCACCAUUCCCCCUGAAAUAGAAGAAAUCGGUUGGAGUCCGCAGAAAGUUUCCAACAUUCAUUGUAUGCUCCAAGUUGUUCGAGCCUUAGUCACUCCAAGUAAUCAACACCAAGUGAUAGCAUCGUGUCAGAAAGCAAUGCGUUCAUCGCGAUUACUGUUUUCUCUAUGCAAUAUUCUUAUGAGUAGUGGCGUACCUGCAGAUAUUCUCACCGAGACCAUAAAUACUGUUGCGGAAGUUGUUCGUGGUGAUAGCAACAAUCAGGAGGACCUGAGUAAGGUUCUGGCCCCCAGUAAUCCUCCACGGCCGGCUAUUGUGGUGCUCCUGAUGUCUAUGGUCAACGAAAAGCAACCGCUUGCUCUGCGCUGUGCUGUGCUCUACUGCUUCCAAUGUUUUCUUUAUAAAAAUGAACCCGGUCAAACUGCGGUCAUACAAACCCUUCUCCCAUCGAGUACUGAGGUUUCAAGUCUCACCACUGGCCAACUACUGUGUGGUGGUCUUUUUAGCAUCGAUCCAUUGGCAAAUUGGUUUUCGGCAACUGCUCUGAUGCACGGACUAGUGGAUAACGCCACACAAAAGGAAGAACUGCUGCGUGUUCUGCUCGCCACCGCAGCUGGCAGUCAACCGAUUUCGCUCCUUGAACAAUGUACGAAUCUUUUACAGAAAGAAAGCUACAAACUACAGAGCAAAGUCGGUCUGUUGAUGCUUCUGAGUGUUUGGCUGAAUAAUUGCCCAGCCGCGGUCAAGGCACUCAUCUCAACUCCUGGAUGUGUGGCAUAUUUGAUAGCUAAAGUUUGCGCUAAUGAACACGACGAGAACGAGUAUUUGGUGCAAGGACUGUGUGCUUUCCUUCUGGGGCUGUGUAUUCAAUUCAAUGACAACUCUGCGCCAAACAACAAACGAGAAGAUAUUUGUCAGCUCAUCAUAAAGAGAAUAGGGCAGGAGACGUUCUGUACAAAACUGAGUGAUGUUUCAAGACAUGAAGCCUACAGUCGUGCAUCGAAAGCUCCUCAAAUCCGUGCAAAAACUUCAUCAGACCUAUUUUUAGACUAUGAGUACUGCAAAAUGCAUAAAUCCCUCGAAGUGUCGAUAGUGAAGCUUAUUGGUGGUUUUGACGUCAACGGAACUGAUUUGACAGAGUUGACGUUAAGCUCAGAAGCAUCUGAACUCGUAGCCCAAUACAAGGGCAUCAUUCGGGGACUAGAUAUAGAAAUCUGCACUCUUAAGGACACCGUUCGUCAUUUAGAAGCACGUAACGAUGAGUUGGAAAAAUCUCUUUCACAAGUUCAGGCAACCAAUACACAGCUCUCAGACCAGAAUGUCCUAUUAAGAGCCCAAUUAGCUGCUGUUGCCGGACCAAACUCAUCUUUAGAACCAUUAAAAGCAACAGGAUCGGAAACCCGAACAGGUGUUUCGGAUGAAGUUCAUUUAGAAAAUUUACGUUUAGCUAAGGAAAUAGAAUCACUAAGAGAAAAACUGUCUGAGGAAAUGCGACGUUCGUCUAGCUUCGCAGAUGAUUUGUCCAAACUUCAUAAGGACCAAGAAGAUUUGUUGGAACUUUUAACAGAUCAAGAAAAUAAAAUAACAAAAUAUGCUGGGCAACUUAAGUCUGUUGGAAUCGAGGUUGAAGAAGACGGCGAUGUUAGUGAAGAAAAAUCCGAUAGUCAUGGGCAAAUUAUUUAAUCACAUCUUUUUUUUUAAAUUAAUUAAUUAAUUAUGUAUAUAUACAAUUUUAAAAGAAUAUAAUUAAAAAUUCUCGUUA